AUGAACGACAUCCAGCCUGAUGAAUGGAAACUCGAACAAGGGCUAGCGGCUGCUGAGCUGCCCAUUGACGACCAGACUCGCACUGAAGGAGACGAAGUUUCUUCUUUCCAGGAGGCUGGCAAGUCAGGGCCCGACGACGAUGCCAAAUCAGAGGACCUCGCGCCAGAAGACGACCCUGAUGUUGUGUUUGCCGAGGAGCGAGAAGGCUGGCGCGGGUACGUUGAAUGGGAGGACUACCCCGAAAAGAAGGCCAAGGCACACAAGAUCUUGAUCAGCAAUAAAUUUCCACCACCACCAGAGUUCCAGUUGGGCCCGAUCCCGGAUACCAACCCUGUGCUCGAAGGCGUCCGCUGGAAACAAUGGCACAAAGCCAUCGGCGGGCCGCUGACUUCGGUGCCCGAGGAAUCAUGGCUCCGCGUCAUCCAGGAGAAGCAUCCGGACAUGCUGCAUCUGCUAGAAUUCCCUUACAACGGCGAACCCCCCAAACGACUGGUGACGGCCAAACCUGUGACGCCCAACUCAUUGCAUUUCAUCCGAAACCACGGCGGGAUUCCGGACAUCGACGCCGACAAGUGGGAACUGAAACUCGACGGCUUGGUCAAACACCCUCGCACAUUCACACUGGCAGACCUCCAGAAUGAGGAAUUGUUCCCACGCAUGGAGAAGCUCGUGACCAUCCAGUGCAGUGGUACCCGGCGAGUCGAGCAGAUCCAGUUGUAUGCAGGCGAGGGCGACGAGAUGAUCAACGCCCCGUGGGCCGAAGGGGCCAUCGGCACGGCGCGGUACGUAGGGGUAUCACUGAAAAAGGUGAUCAAGCAGUGCGGCGGCAUGGCGGAGGGCGGCAAGCACCUCGAAUUCCACGGAGCAGACACCUAUUUCAAGCAGAACGAGGUGCAGAACUAUCUGGUCAGCGUGCCGUGGUCGAAAGUCAAGGCCAACGAGGUGAUGCUGGCGUGGGAGAUGAACGGCGAGCCACUGCCCAAGAUCCACGGCUACCCCGUGCGGCUGGUGGUGAUGGGAUACAUUGGCGCGCGAUCGGUCAAGUGGGUGUACCGGAUCCGCGGGCUGGCGCACCCGACGCGCGCGCCCGUGCAGAGCAAGGAAUAUCUGUACUUCAACCAGCAGGUGGGCAAGCACAACCAGCUGCCGACGAUGGGGAUCCAGAUCCAGGAGAUGCCCGUGUCCAGCGCCAUCAUGUCGCCGUGGAACAAGCAGGUCGUGGUGCACAACGGCGCCAUCCACGUCAAGGGCUGGGCCUACAGCGGCGGCGGGCGCUGGCCGGAGCGCGUCGAGGUCUCGGCCGACGGCGGCUUCAGCUGGUACGCCGUGCCGCCACACAACAUGUCGCCCAAGCACAAGUUCGCCUGGCGCACCUGGGAGAUGGACGUGCCGUGCGACGUCGAGGGCUGGAUCGAGAUCGUUGCCCGCUGCUGGGAUAAUAGUCUCAACACCCAGCCGCUCGAGGUUCGGUCCGCUUGGAACUGGAGUCUCCAUGUCACUUCCUCCUGCCACCACGUCAAGGUCUACAGCGUCAACAAGGCCCAUGAAUUGACCCGCAAGCGCCUCGCCCUGUUCGCCGAGCGUGGCGAGUCUUUCAUCCCCAUCACCCGCCCAACCGACUUUCCCAUCAUGUCGAUGGACGAGUAUGACGAGUUCUGGGAGAAGAACGAGCCUAGAGAUGUGGACGAAUAG